GCGGGACAGUUCAAUGGCACCCAGAAAGAAGUUACAGGGUCUCGUAGCAGCUACGAUCACUCCGAUGACUCCUGAUGGACAAAUUAACCUCCUGGUGAUUCGUCAAUAUGUGGAUUAUUUGGUAAGCAAGCAGAAUGUGAAGAACAUUUUUGUGAAUGGCACAACAGGAGAAGGCCUGGCCCUCAGUGUCCAGGAGAGGAAGCAGCUGGCAGAAGAGUGGAUGCACCAAGGAAAAGACAAAUUGGAUCACGUGAUCAUUCAUGUGGGAGCGCUGAGUCUGCCGGAGUCCCAAGAGCUGGCAAGACAUGCAGCUGCCAUAGGUGCAAGUGGUAUUGCCGUAAUAGCCCCUUUCUUCUUCAAACCCACAAACAAAGAUGAGCUGAUUGCUUUCUUACGGGAAGUCGCAGCCGAAGCCCCUGCUGUUCCAUUUUACUACUAUCAUAUUCCCCCUCUGACAGGUGUAAAGAUUCAUGUUGAAGAGUUGCUGGAUGGGAUAAAAGAGCAGAUCCCAACCUUCCAGGGUGUGAAGUUCAGCGACACGGACCUCUUGGACCUUGCACAGUGUAUAAACAAGAACAGCAGAGAAGAGUUUGUUUUUCUUUAUGGGGUGGAUGAGCAACUGCUGAGUGCACUGGCAAUAGGGGCAGAUGGAGCAGUUGGAAGUACAUACAACUACUUGGGCCAGAAGAACAACAUGAUGUUGCAAGCUUUUGCACGGCAUGACCUUUCAUUAGCACGGAAGUAUCAGUUUCUCACUGGUGAAUUUCUUAACUUUGUCAUCAAACUAGGUUUCGGUGUUGCUCAGACUAAAGCGGUAAUGACUUUUGUUUCUGGCAUUCCUAUGGGACCGCCACGUUUUCCACUUGCUAAGGCCUCGGAGGAGUUCAUCGCCAAGGCCAAAGCCAAGCUGAACAGCAUUGUCUGGCCUACCGACUGAUUUCACUUCCAUGGGGAUUUUCCCCAUGGACAGUGAAUCCCUUUUCUGGGUCUCACUACCAGCUGGCACACUCCCCAUGUGACAGGCUGGUUUAGCUGUGACACUCUUCAGGGAAUUUGCAGGGUGCCUGAGUCCCUUCCUGUUAGGGCUGAUCUUGUUGGCACGCAUCUAGCUGUCUUUUCAUUUAACCUUAUACAUCUCCCU